GCGGGGCGCGCGUGUUCCCCGCGGGCCGGCGCGGCGGGGGCGGGGGGCGCGGGGUCCCGCGGCCGCGGGCGGCGCACGGAGCGGAGCGGCGCGGAGCGGAGCCCCGGUGCCGCUCCGCCCGGGACAUUCGGUGCCGCCGCCCUGGGCGCAGGUAUCAGAAGUACUGUUCAUCUUCAGAGAGAUUCCCAGGAUGUAAGAAAUCAAGUGCUGUGUCAUGCAGCUGACAGGUCUGCUGGUGAGGCUGAGGGUCACAGCAAGGGCAGAAAUUCUUUAAACACGACACAGUCAAAUAAUCAGGGAAGUUUGGAGCUGUUUGCAAGAUCUACUGAGUUGGUUGCUCACCCUGUCAAAAGAAGCCACCAUCUGGGACAAGAGCACACUGCCAGCAGCUGCCAUGGCCAGCAAAAGAAAGUCCACAACUCCCUGUAUGGUGCGAACUUCUGAAGUCGUGGAGCAGGAAGGUGCCGAGGGCGUAGAGAUUCCUAAAGACAAGGGGACUGGUGCAUCACAGCAGGACUCCAAAAGAAACUGGCCUUCAGAAAACUCAGUCAAAGACUGUGAAGUGGUGGAGGCAAAGCCCGCAGGUGAAAAUCAGUCUAAGAAACCCCAGGGUGGUUAUGAGUGUAAGUACUGCCCUUACUCGACACAAAACUUAAAUGAAUUUACAGAGCACGUUGACACUCAGCAUCCAAAUGUCAUUCUCAACCCCCUGUAUGUCUGUGCUGAAUGCAACUUCACAACCAAAAAAUACGAUUCUUUGUCUGACCACAACACAAAAUACCACCCGGGAGAGACUAACUUUAAACUGAAAUUAAUUAAACGCAAUAAUCAGACUGUUCUAGAGCAGUCUAUUGAGGCUGCCACUAACGACGUCACUGUCACAAGCAGUGGGCUGGAAAAUGCAGAGUGUGACGAUUCGCUUCAUGGGGGAAUCGGCGCAAAUAAAGCGCCCGUGAUGAAAAUGGGAAAGCCUAAAGGGGAAUCCAAGAAGGGAUCUAAAAAGCCAGAAGAGGGAGUUACGGAAAACCACGUGGAUGGCGCUCUCCCCCGCAUCAUAACUGAAGCCACUGAAGCUAUUGCCUGCAUAAAUGGAGACCUUCUCCAGGAUGUGCUAGCCCAUGUUAUGCCCUCUGUACAGCUGCCACCAAAUAUCAACCUUGUCCCCAAGGUCCCGGUCCCUCUGAACAGUACCAAAUACAACUCUGCACUGGACACUAACGCGACCAUGAUCAACUCCUUUAAUAAGUUCCCUUACCCAACACAAGCAGAGCUGUCGUGGUUGACGGCAGCAUCGAAACAUCCCGAAGAACAAAUCCGAAUCUGGUUCGCUACGCAACGUUUGAAGCAUGGUAUAAGUUGGUCUCCUGAAGAAGUAGAGGAAGCAAGGAAGAAGAUGUUCAAUGGUACUAUCCAGGCAGUUCCCCAGACCAUCACCGUCCUGCCAGCUCCUCUGGCAACUGCAAAAAUGCCGCAGCCCAUCAUCCAGACAGCUCUGCCUUGUCAGAUACUGGGCCAGACUGGCCUGGUUCUGACUCCUGUGUCAAAUGGUUCAACUGUUUCCUGUUCACCAAUUACCCUUGCUGUUGCCCCAAACCAGGGGCAAAAGAGGACAAUACAGACUUUAUCAAGUGCCCCAGAGGCCAAGCGUCCUCACGUAGUUCAGGUGCCUGAGAUUCCUGCCAAGGUGACUGCUGUUCCAGCGACCCCGGCCAGCGAGCGGAAAAAGACCAAGGAGCAGAUAGCAGAGCUGAAGGCCAGUUUCAUGGCGAGCCAGUUUCCUGAUGAUGCAGAAGUGUACCGGCUUAUAGAGGCAACAGGUCUUUCCAGGAGUGAGAUCAAAAAGUGGUUCAGUGACCACAGGUACAGAAGUCAGAGGGGCAUUGUGCAAAUUCCUGGUGAAGCUUUAGGGAAAGAUCAAAUAGCACCUUCAGCUGCUCGACAUGGCCGGUCAUUUCACCCAUACACAGAUUUUACUCCCCAGAGAUUGAAAGAGAAAACUCAAGAGCAGCUUAGGGCCCUUGAGGAGAGUUUCUUAAAAUGCUCUUUUCCUACUCAGGGAGAAUUGGACAGGCUUCGAGUGGAGACAAAGCUGAGUAGGAGGGACAUAGAUUCAUGGUUCUCUGAGCGAAGGAAGAUAAGGGACAGCAUGGAGCAAGCUGUCUUGGAUUCAAUGGGAUCAUACAGAAAAAUUAAGGAUCAAGGAACUCCCAAUGGUGCAAUAAGCCAGGCAGAACUUCUGAGUAGUUCUCAGCUCCCUGGUGCUUUAUCUGGGUCCUCCGCCACAUUGAAGAAAACACAAGAGCAAAUUCAUCUAUUGAAGAGCACAUUUGCAAGGACCCAGUGGCCAUCACCCCAGGAGUAUGACCAGCUGGCAUCUCAGACUGGGCUCACGAGAACUGAAAUAGUUCGCUGGUUCAAGGAGAACCGGUCUUCAUUAAGAACAGGGUCACUUAAAUGGAUUGACCAGUACCAGCAGCAGUUUGCUGGUGAUGGUCAUAACAAGCAAAGCCAGAAAAAGAGCUCGAAACACAUUGAGAGUCCAAAGAAUGGUAAUGAGGUGUCUCGGCAGCAUUACCAGGAGCAUAAAAAACUGAAUGAAGAGAAUGGGGGGAAACCAGUGGUGAGAGCAAAAAGAGACUGCGAGCCACUGAAGGACUCUUUGUUGGGGAAUCAAGCAGAGGGGGUGGACAGGCUGGAGUGCAGCAACAGCCACGAUGGCCACGGCAGUGAGGAGAACGAGGAACCAGCAGAGGUCAGCUGGGUGGAGGUGACAGUGGGCGAGGACGAUGCUGCCUCAGACUGUACGGACAGCUGGAGCCAAACGGCCCCCGAGGGCCACACAGAGCUGCCAGACUUAGACUCUGAAAGUAUACCUGGAGACAAUUCCCACGUAUAGACAGGGGUUCUCCUCAGCUGCACUGUCCUGAUGUUGAAGGGGAAAUGCUCUCUGAAAAUAGAAGAAAACUCUAUUUUCCUGUCUGGGUGAGAGAGUGUGUUGUGACUCCAAGUCUCAAACCGUGCUUGUGGAGGCACAAUGAGAAGAAAUACUCUCGUGGAGCAUCACCAUGGAAUUGUUGAUAGUGCCAAAGUCCUACUACUGCAUUACAGAAGAGAAGAAAGAAAGAGGAAAGGGUCCUUGUACAUAGUUUUCUCUUAGUUUCUCUCCCACCCACUUUCCUGCCCAGCCUCUUCCUCUACUGGAACAGAUUUGUACAACAUAAACAUUUUGUUAAUUUUUGUAAUAGGUGCAAGUUAUUCUUGCAUAUAAUGCAGUUGAGAAAUUUUGGGUUUGGGGUUGGUUGGGGGGAGGGAAGUGUUUUUUGUGGAGGAGGGAGAUUUUUUUUUUCCUGAAGUGUUUUAAAAACGAGUUGCAAUCUUUUGGAGUUGUCUUGGUGCAGAUCAACACCUGAGCCCAGAUCCCCACUCCAGUUUACAUUUCAGACCAGUUAAACGUGUUCUGGAGAAGUGGGGUUUGUCUUUUUGUUUGUUUUUUUUUCUUGUUUUUUUGACUUUUUUGUUUUGUUCUAUGGCCACCUGCUACUGAUUGAAAUAUUUAAAUCUCUGCUUUUCCAUGCUCCUACGAGGCAAGUCUUCUCCAGCUCCCGUACUUCACUUUUCACCAGCCAGCCCCAUCUGUGGGUCUCUGAAGAUUUGGCUAGAAUGCCUUUUUUUGAUUGUUGGUUUGGUUUUGGGGGUUUUUUUAGCACUUUUUGUUUAAACAUGCAUUACAACUCCCAGAGGAGUUGGAAUGAGGAAAUGAAGAUGCUUCAUAAUCCAAAUUUAUUUGUGUUUCUUUGGCUGGUACAGUGAUGGACACCACAACCAGCAGCUGCCCUCCAGCUUUAGACGUUGUAGCGCACAACAGAAGUUUCUUAUUAACCCUUGCCACUAAAUUUUUAGAUCACUCUUAGGUUCCUGACUGCACUUUUUUUCAAAUACUGCUAAUUUGGAUUUGUGUGGGGAUGUUUGUCUGUGCAUGUGUGAGGAGGGAGUAGAGGGGAGCAGGAGCCUGAGUGCAAGAGCUGUCCAGUGUGUUCCUCUGACGAGCUGGGGAUGGAAAACUUGCCCACCUUUCAGUACGCUGCACAAAUAGGAUGUAGGGAGUUUGAAUAAAUCCAACUUUUCUAACUUGUUGCUCAUUUGUUGUAACUCAAUAAAACAAAGGCUAAAAAUUUUGGUAACUUUUUUCUCAACUCUUUUGUUUUACUCUAAAAUAAAUAAAUAAAACCCAAGAAAACCAAACCCUACCCAACCUCAGCCCAAACUUUGUGCACAGGAGUUUGAUGUCUUUAGAGCUGCAAUGAGGGUUUUACUGGUUUUGCAGUAUUUGGCAAAUACUGACUCUAUUAAAGUGAACUCCAUGAAUACUAAUGUUUAUUCCCCCUUGUCAGUGAGCUGUUUCCUGCAAGAAGGAUGCAGACAGUGCCUGGGAAUGAGCCUUUGGGGAACACCUUUUAUUUUGAUUGCAGAUUCACAAACUGAAUGGAUGAAUGAAACCACCCCUGUGAUUCACCCAUAUGUAGUUAUUUUUAUUAACCAUCAGCACAACAUAUAACUGUAGAGGGAGGUUUGCAGUGGGUGGCAACAAGUGAAUUCCCUUGCAGUAAAGUUGUCUGGUUCGUUGCUGAACAGGAGUGACUGGAUGGGACGGCACUUUGUUCGCUGCAUUUGUGUGCAGAAGGUGGGGAAGUGACAUCGGCUGCUCCCUGGACAAAGGCUGCCAGACAGGGAGCACGCACAUGUCCCAUCACACACAGCUCGGGUGUUCAGCUGCAGGGUGGAGGCAGAUGCCUGUGCAGUCCUGGAUGCACAGAUCGGGUGACCGAAAAGAAAAUGCAUCUGAAGAUGCUUGUCCAGAACUCCGAAGCUGUAACUGAAACUAAUUGCCACUGUUCUUUCCAUUGCUUGUAUGAAAGGAUGGUAAUAGUUUAAUUGCCCUUAUGAAGGUUUUAACAGCCACUUGAUGGCUUAGUAUUGCAGUUUGCUUCUCUCCUGUCUGACAUGUGUUGUACAUCUGUGUGUUUGGAGCACUGACCUACUUAACUAGCAGUGCUCCUAGGGAGCUUAGGAAGAACAAGACCCACCUGGGUUUUUCUGUAGUUGUACAUCCCAGAUACAGUGGAUGAGGGCACAGGACUGGGGCUCUUUGAGAUCUCUGCAAUUCAAAUAAAACAAUAGCAGUGGCCCUGCAGUCUGUCAUCACACAGAUAAUAUGUCUGAGGCUGUCCCCCAGCAAAGAGACUGGCCAGGGACUGGCACAGCCGUGGCCAGCGUGGGCAGCCUGGUGGCACUGAGGGGCUUUGUGCAGGCAGGUCGUGGUGUGGUACCAGACCUUCACCCAGCAGAGCCGAGCCCAGGACCCCUUUUGGCUGAGCUUAAAGCAGCCCAGGUGCCCCCAGAGGCUGCUUCAGUGGCUGUGGAGCCGGGCAGUGGAAGCAGGCUUUGUGUUUAAUUAACACAGCCACAGUGACUGUGUUUCUAGGAGAGUGCCAGCAGCAAGGGACAAAGGGGACAUUAUUUGUGCACAGCGGCCAUUAGGGACAGGGCCUUGGGCUUUCGUGUCACACCAUGAAAACGCUGCUGCCACCGAGCUUGCUCGCACAGCCCUGCAGCCCCAGAGCUGCUGCUGGCACCACGGCCAGCAGGGCCUGUCCUGCAGAGCCCUGCAACGAGGGGACAGCUCGGGGCAGCCUUUCCUGGGCAGGGUCCCCCAGCAGCAGCAGCCCCUGGUGCUCAGGUGUUGAUUGAUGCCUUCCACAAUGCACUUUAACCUCAGUGUUGAAGUUUCUAAUCAGAAGAAACCUAGUUAAACACAAAAUGAAAAUAAAUCAGAUUUUUAAACUUGUACAAGAUCAAAAUGAGGCUUAUAGAAAAAUCUGUCACUGGGAAGUCAGUAAGAACUUGAUUUAGGUGGCCUCUACUUUUUUAAUUUUGUCUGAUUUUUGCUGACAAGGAUUUUCAUUGUAUACACACAUUACUUCUGCUCAGUCCAUAAGAUGCUGGGAAGCUCUGUGCUGGUGUUAGAGAUCUGUGGGCUCCAAGUACAUAAUAACACACAGUUUAGACAUGCCAGAAGCCUUAUUAAAAGGGAAUAGUGAGAGACCACUCAGACAACACAGAAGGGCAUCACAGAAUGGUUUGGAUCACAAGAAACAAUUAAAGAUCAUCUCAUUCAUCACCACUGCACUGAGCAGGGACAUCUUUCAAUAGACCAGGUGGCUCAAAGGCCCAUUUAACCAAGCCUUGGGAACUUCUGGAGCAGCAACUUAAGCAACUAUCAACUCCCUGCAGUCUAAAUUAUUCAGUUCAGUUUUCUCAAA